AGAGGUAAGAAGAAGGAAAAUCUCGCAAGGCAUUAACAUGAUACGUUUUCUGUUCGUCUAAUUUCAAUAUCUGAGGAUCCUUCACGACAGUCUCAGUCUUUGUCUGGUCUACGCAUUCGUAUCUUGCAAUUGAUAAAUUGUUGAACUUGAUUGAGUCUAUGUCAUCCAAUUAUGCUGAAUACUCCUUAAGUAGUUCUCAGAGGUUGUUAUUAAAUGAAAUCUACAGGAAGCAAAAUUUAAGCUGCUGAAGUUCCUUCUUUUAAAACAGCAUGUCCUUGGGAACCUCCAAAGUAGUUUUUCAGGUUCUGUCUAGGGCUCUGCCUCAAACUGGGCAUAAUGAACCUUUUGUGAACUCUUCGGAUUUAACAUUACAUUCCCAGUUUCGUGUAAAGUGUUUGAAGAAAAGAUCCUUAAGGCAUAGGCAUGUGAUCAAUUGUUCUAGCAUGCUUCAAAGUCAGUUAAGAAGUCAUCAAUUUCAGUGGAUGGGUGUCCAUUUCCGUGAGACCUACAGUCAAUCAUGGCUGCAGACAUGCAAAUGCCAACAGGUGGAAAGUGCAAGUGGCAUAACCGCAGGAGAUGGAAAUGGAUCAAGGUUUGUCAAUAAUGUUGAAACAUCGAAUUCAGUAAGCAAUGUGAUGAGUGCGAAGCAUAUCCAAGAGUUCCAAGAUGUCCAACAGUUGAAACAGGAAAAGGAGGUUUUGAAAUCUAAUGGUACAAAUGGAGCUAUUGCUAGCAGCUUUGAGACAAUUAGCAUCAACUCCAUUGAGGAAGAAGCAUGGGACCUACUAAGGGAGUCUGUAGUUUAUUAUUGUGGCAAUCCUAUUGGAACUAUUGCUGCAAAGGACCCAACCAGUUCCAAUGUUUUGAAUUAUGACCAGGUCUUUAUUCGUGAUUUCAUUCCUUCUGGAAUUGCUUUCCUAUUGAAGGGGGAGUAUGACAUUGUUCGGAAUUUUAUCCUUUAUACACUUCAGUUGCAGAGCUGGGAGAAAACAAUGGAUUGUCAUAGUCCAGGACAAGGUCUGAUGCCUGCUAGUUUUAAAGUUCGGACAGUUCCUCUAGAUGGUGAUGAUUCUGCAACAGAAGAGGUUUUGGAUCCUGACUUUGGAGAGGCAGCCAUUGGUCGUGUUGCUCCUGUUGAUUCUGGAUUGUGGUGGAUUAUUUUAUUACGAGCAUAUGGAAAAUGCUCCGGUGAUCUAUCCGUUCAGGAGAGAGUUGAUGUGCAAACAGGAAUUACGAUGAUUUUGAAGUUGUGUCUUGCUGAUGGCUUUGACAUGUUCCCAACCUUAUUAGUAACUGAUGGUUCAUGCAUGAUAGAUCGGAGGAUGGGAAUUCAUGGGCAUCCUUUGGAGAUACAGGCACUGUUUUAUUCUGCUUUACUUUGUGCACGAGAGAUGCUUACUCCAGAGGAUGGAUCAGCUGAUCUUAUACGGGCACUGAACAAUCGUCUGGUAGCUCUUUCAUUUCAUAUUAGAGAAUAUUAUUGGAUUGAUUUGAAAAAAUUAAAUGAGAUUUACCGUUACAAGACAGAGGAGUACUCAUAUGAUGCAGUUAAUAAGUUCAACAUAUACCCAGACCAGAUUUCUCCUUGGUUAGUGGAAUGGAUGCCAAACAAAGGAGGUUAUUUGAUUGGCAACUUACAACCAGCUCACAUGGAUUUCCGAUUUUUUUCACUGGGAAACUUGUGGUCUGUCGUAAACAGUUUGGCCACUGAGGAACAGUCACAUGCCAUUUUGGAUCUUAUUGAGGCCAAAUGGUCAGAUUUGGUUGCAGAGAUGCCAUUCAAGAUUUGUUAUCCUGCUCUUGAAGGUCAGGAAUGGCAGAUAAUCACAGGCAGCGACCCUAAAAACACGCCUUGGUCCUACCAUAAUGCAGGCUCCUGGCCAACACUGCUCUGGCAGCUCACAGUUGCAUGCAUAAAGAUGAAGAGAACACAUAUUUCCGCCAAAGCUGUUGAGAUUGCCGAGAGACGCAUGUCAAGAGACAGAUGGCCAGAAUACUAUGAUACGAAGAGAUCUCGAUUCAUUGGGAAGCAAUCUCGACUAUUUCAGACUUGGUCUAUUGCAGGAUACCUUGUGGCAAAGUUACUACUUGCUGACCCUAGUAAAGCAAACAUACUGAUUACUGAGGAGGAUUCUGAACUUGUGAAUGCCUUGAUUAGUGCCAACCCUAGAGGAAAGCGUGGACGGAAAAAUAUGAAGCAGACCUACAUUGUUUGAGUCUUAUAUUGCAAUUCAUUUGGUUGGUUCUUUAUGGUCAGUUAAUUUGUCUUCUGAUUAGUAGCAUAUUAUUUUAGAAACGGCAGGAAUAUGCAAAAUAUAUAGAAGUUUGGGUUGGCUAUGAUGAAAUUGUCUUACCCUGGUAUAUAAGGAUGUAGUAAAGAGAUCAAGAUGGUGUCAAUACCUCAGGUUUGUAAGUAGCAUAUAUAAGAUACAGUUAAUCAUAACAGAUGAAGACUUUUAUACUAGUAGUUUCUAAAGAAAAACUGGCUUUGCCCCCUCUUUGCUCACCUUAUAGUACCAUUUUCUGUAAUUGCCAUGGUAAAUGAAUCU